UUCCACCGCGACGAAUGAGUCACCCGAGCCACCAUUGCCUGUGCGGACCAGAUUCAGCUUAUCGCUGCCGUCGAGUCCAAUAAUUCACACGAGAUUCUUCACGUAAUCGGGGGCAAUACUGAUGUACUCAAUCAUGGAGGAUCGUAGAAGAUUGAACAACGAGCCAACGCGCAGUGAGGCCGAAUCGCGUUCCGGGGGGGAAUGUGUCCGUGCGGGAUAUCGAUUCCCUUUCAAAAUAUCGUCUUCUUUCGGAACUCAGCUGGCCGUGCCUCUCCUCAUCGGAAGAAAUGUGUCGUGCCCUGACCUCACUCAGGAGUUCGAGAAGGAACUCCAGCUCGAGGAAAUGAAUAAAUUGGCGAACACUAGGCAUUUGCAACCCCCGACGCUGAACACAGACUUCGGCUCGAUGGAAAGUUUCAUCAACUCGGAUGAUGAAACUAUUUCAUCCUUCUCCAUAAAGGACUUCAGCAGAAGCUCUUCCGAGUUAAGUAUCCGCAAACUCGGCAAUGAGAACGCUGCUCUUAGAACGUCCUUCCGCGGGCGGCGAGGUUCGCAGCCAAACGCGAUUCCUCAACAGUCAUCACCACCGAGGAUUACCGUCAGCGAUCACUCAGUUUUCCACAAUGAGCGGGGCAUUGAUAUCAUCGACACGAACUCGGCGAACCAUGCAAAGCUCCUUUGGAAGCUCAGCAAGCUCGCGAAGAGAUGGUUCAAUCAGCUCAAAGAAGACUUCUCCGAAAUCAGACCCUUCGAGAUCAAGGAUCGACCUCUGUUCGAGUACGAAGACUCGUUUUCGAUCAAAUACACAACGGACGCACUCAACCGUUUCGAUGAUAUUUUUGCUGCGCUCGUCGACGGCCCCUUGAGAGAUGGCUACAACGAGUAUUUAAAGAUCACGCAGUGGGUGCUGCCCAUCCAGACGAUGUUGACGCUCCUCGUUCUGCUGCACUCGCUCUGGACGGAAUACAUAGUCACACUGAUUCUAAUCGCCGUAGCCGUAUCGUUGAUACGGAACUAUCUCAUUGAAAAGGGUUGGAUCUUCGAGAAGGACCGACUCAGCUUCGAGGCCAGGCGGCGGCCGAAUGCCGUUCGCUUGACAAAUCUUCUCCAGCUAAAUAUGAGGGUUACAGUGUCUCUACACAUGCUAACGGACUGUAUGGACAAGGUUUUGGCUUUAUGGACCUGGAAGCGACCCACGAUAACGGCUAGCCUCUUACUCGUAUUGACGUUGAGCAGCGCGGUUUCGGUGUUCGUUCCAGCAGCGUUCCUCUGUAAAUUCGCUGGAACGGCUCUCAUCUUGAAGAUCUUCAUCCUAGAUUACAUAUUCUUCCGUUUCCCGAGGGUUCGAGCGAAGUACGACCUGCUUUACAUAUGGUACAACGAGCUUCCCACAGGCAAAGAUCUGGAGCGUCAACAGAAGUUCCACAACUCAUUGAAGCUCUCGAAAAGUUCCAACGAUCUCAGUUCGAUCCGAUCAUCCUUCGAUCCAUCGGUCCUCAGAAAGUUGGAAGAGAAACUGAGCAAUCUUUUCGAGUUGAGUCAUAUUGAAAGGCUCGUGACCGGUUGGGAGCUCGGGAAGAGAUGCACCAUGAUCAACAAGGAGAAGGCUCUCACCGGCGCGUUCAAGAGCGGAAGGAUAUUCCUAACGGAACAGCACUUGCUAUUCAUGAGGUACAAAACGCAUUCGCCGAAGAACGUCGCCAUCGCGUUCGAGCACAUCCUCCGAGUGGAAAAAUCCAAGCACUCUGGCUGGUUACCAGGCGACGCGCAAACGCUACAAAUUUUCACCGAUAAUGGCGGCGUGUACACCCUCGGCGCCCUCGGUGACAGGGACGAGGUGUACCGUGAAAUCUCCGAGCACGCCGCGCAGCAUUCCUACAAACGAAAAUUACGGCAACGCGCCGGGACCUGA